ACUUAACGAGUAGCAGUCACAGUCACAGUUGCAGCGCAAACGUUGAAACGUUCACAACGAAACACGGGUGGAGUGCCAUUCAACACGCAAUGCGUGUGUGUGAGUCCAGUGAGAAUGUGAAAUGUGGAAAUGUAAAAUACUAAAUGUAAAUGUACAUAAAUAAAUAUAUUGACAAGGAAUUAAUGUGUGAAACGAAGGGCAAAGCCACAACGCGUAAGCUUUUGAGCCGCUGAUAAUCUAAUAGACUUGUGCUUGAUGACAAAUGCAGCAACAACUGAGAGACAAUUAAUACGGAAACCGGAAAAACGUUAAAAACAUUGUGCAUACGCCGUGUGGGCCACCACGAGCAAAGUCAUAAAUGAAUGCUUUUAAUUGCAAAAGAAUGACAUUUGCCCGCAGAAAUACGAAACAAACAAAAUGAAAAUCGUUUGCAAGAACAACAAUAACGCAAGCAACAAUAAACACAAAAACAAACAGCUACAGCAGAAGCAGCAUCCACAGUGAAAAUUGUGAAAAUCGCGAAAAUUGAGCGAACAACAAAAUGCUGCUGAUGCCAACAUCAUGUGGCCCGGGGCCACCAGUGGACGAUGGCGACGCUGCUGUUGACCUUAGCUUAACCCCACACGAACGAUGUGCACGUAUUCCGACCCGUUCCCCCUUCCACUCCCGUUCCCCCUCUCAAACCCAAUCCCAGUUCCAGUUCCAGAAGCACAACCCAACCAGUCCAACCACGGGCAUUCCCAGAUGGCUUCUAAUGCUCCUCGUGCUCUUUGUCAUUGUGGCCCAAACGCCGCAGCGUCAAGUGGCCGCCGAGAAAAGCAAACACUAUUAUAUGCAAUCGCUGUGCAAGAAUCACUUUCUGCAGCAACUUUAUCGCAAAAUUGACGGAGCUGUACUUUGGUCGCAAAACGAACGCAAUCUGGACUGUGUUAUCACCUUUCAGACACAGACGAUUCUGCAGCGCUUCAUGCUUCGCUUUGAUAUGCUCCAACUAGACUGCAAUGAUCAUCUGCUGGUCUACGAUGGAGCGCAUGCAGUAUCAACGCCCAAGAUUGACAUCUCCUGUCGCAAUACGAAGAGCACGGUGAACGCGAUAUUGACACGAACGAAUUUCGUGACGCUCAAGUACGUGACCGAUGGCUGGGGAACAGAUGCGAACGGUUUCAAGUUGGUGAUAACAUCGGUGAAGGACCCAAAGCACACGUGCAAGGAUUUCACAUGCGCCACACGCGAGUUCUGCAUCAGUCCCGAUCUGCUCUGCGAUGGCGUCAACCACUGUGGCGACAACUCCGACGAGUCUGUGCAGAAUCUUUGCCAGAAUGAGACGACAAGCACUGUGUUUGGCGUGGACAUGACUUGGUUCGUGCUAAUCGUAGUCGGAGUCCUGCUCGUGCUCAGCGCCCUCAUUGUGGCCAUUGCGAUCUGUGUCUGCCGUCGUCAGGAUGAGAACACUGCCAAUCAGAACACGGCCCUGCAAAUGCAUCACAAUGCGGAUACGAAUGGAUCGUCGAAGCAUCUGCAUUUCCAUGGCAUGGGCGUGGGCAUGGGAGGCACGCUAACGAGAGAGCAUACACAACUGCCGCCAGGUUCGGGAAACUGGCAUCACCCUGCGGGACCAUCCGGGUACCACCGCAUUCCACACAAUUACUUGAAGAUGGCCACCAAAGUCCGUCCCAUUUGGUGCUUGGCAAAUUCCGUCAAUUAGGUCAAGAUCUUUCACAAAACUCCGCCGGACUCAGUCAGACGAACAUCGCCGUUGCAGCUGGCAAUCAUCCGAAUGCCAAUGCCGCCAAUGUCGCUGCUGCCCAAAAGGACGAAUGGUUUGUUUAAUUACCAAAUCGCUCGAUUCUUUUAAGCAACAAAACAACUGACUUCGGUUCCGGGUUAACUAACACUGGAUCAAUGUGAAAGAACGAAAGCAACAAACAAAACAACCAACUAAAUAAUUGACUUGAGCACAAUAAUCUGCACUUAAUUAAGUGAUUUCAUGGAUAUUUGCAGAGCAUUAAAUGAAGACUGUUUGACUAUAUUUAACAACAAAUAAUGUGGACAUCACCGCGCAGGGUGUAUAUUUAAGAGAUCUACUCGUACCCAGGAAGAAUCUCGAACGCGUUGGGCGAAAUGUGCCGUAAGAACGCACAAUUUUGUCGGAUAACCAAUGCACUUGUAUAUAGAUUAUAAAUAAAUAUUAUAAAAAAAUAAAACAAAAUUAAUUUAAUUAAUUAAUUAAUUGAAAUGAAAUGAAAAAAAAAAUAGCUAAACCCCGAUUAUUGAUACUGAAAUAAACCAAACCCCAAACAAAAGAAAUGUUGCAAAUACAAAUACAAAAGAAAGAUAAUGAUUUUAGAUUAUAGGACAAAUGAAAUGAAGGGUCAAAGUCUUACAAUAAGAGCCUUCAAAGCUACACAAAGAAUCCUUGCAAUUAAUUCAGUUAUAAUUAUUAUUAUAGUACAUAUAUAUGGUAAUUGUUAGCACUUUUUUUCGCGCGUAGUAUUCAAUUUGUUUAUGGGAAAUUCUAAACCGAACCGUGAGUAAGCAUCAGAAAUGGACAAAUACUAAAAUAAUCGAUGGCAUUUAAAUGGAUUUUUUGGAACAGUGACACAACGACACAGAAACCGCAAAAAGUAUUAAAGCUCAAUAUGCAAAAUGAUUAAAUGAUAACCAAUUAACUGAUAACCGAUAAAAACAAAAUGAUAAAAUACCAUUAAGAUACAAACAAAAAUACAAAUUCUAAAGAUGAGUGUUGAUUUUGGAUGGAAAUUUGAUCGAAUUCUAAAUAAAUGAAAUAAUAAUACUAAUGCGAGUUAUCAUAAAAUGGACACAAGAACAAGAACAACAUAAACAAGGGAUGUAAAUAAGUAGUAGACAAUAUUGAAACAAAAGUAAAAAAAAAUCGAACUUCAAGGAACACAUUCUCAUACACUUCAUUGUCAUUGACCAUAGCUUCGAAAACUUAAGAUUUCAAGAGUCAGCAAUCCUAUCAGAGCCCUCAUCAGAUUUCACGAUUCUCGACACUCACAUUUGAAAUACAAAAAAUCAACGGAUCAACAGCCAAUGCUAAAUGACAAAUUUCUGAGACAUUAAAGGACAAUACGAAACACACACAUUUUUGCUCUUUUUGACAACCAAAAUAACAACAACAACAACAAAUAAACAAACAAAAGACACAAAAUGCAUUUUUGAAAGUAAAUACAAAUUAUUGGGAAAUGGGAAAGUAGUCCGCAUACAUUUUUCUACAAUCAAGAACCGAAAUAAAAAUCUAAGAUUUUGCUACAAAUCGAAUGGAUACGAUUUAACUUACACUGUGUAUUAACUAAAGGAAAACUAAACUGCUUCAAGAACGAUUGUAGUACUUCCCGCCGUUAAUAUUUUUUAACUAAAAAAACUAAACAAAACGAGAGACAUAUUUAAAAUCAAGUUCAAUACCUAAUAAAUACGAUUAAUAAUAAUACUAAUAAUUAACAACUAACAACGCUGCUUACGAUUCGUCUUUCAAACAACUUCCAUUAGACAGUUGAAUACAUUUAUGUUCGUAAAUAAAACUAAGGCAUACAGAGAAAAAGUAAUAAUAUUAAUAUAAACAAACAACUAAAAUAUUUCCGUUCAUUUCAAAGAUUCUUUAAAUUAAAUUAAAAAUAGCAUUAAAUUAAUAAUACUCAAUAUGUCUAGGCGUUUGUAAAGAUGAAAAGCAACAAGAAACUAGCUGCAAUAAAUAAAUAAAUACAUACAUAUGUUCCAACAACAAACUGCUCUUUAAAUAAAUGCCAGAAACUAACCAUACUGAAAUGAUAUAUUAUUAAAUUUGCUUUUAAUCCUAAUAUUUUGAAAGAUUUUGGCUUGUUUCCUACUUACAAAAUUUUGGCAUAAACCAUAUAAAGUAAUAUGAAAAAGAAAUCCAUACCAAUAUUUAUCGUAAAUUAUAGAAUGGUAAUAUGGCAAAAAAGAAUUUUUAACCAAAAUUAUAAGCAAAAACCAAAAAAAGAACAUUGUAUUAGGCGUCAAAUUUUAGAAACAAAAUGAAAAUAAGAACUCGAAAAUAUCUGAAAAGAGCAACAAAUACUUAAAGUAAUAAAUAAUUAAUCUCAAUUAUUUAAAAAGUGGAAAAACAUAACAUAAAAUUGUUUCAAAUGCCGAAACUAAUUUAUGCAUUACAGGAAUAUUUAAAUAACGAAAAGAAAAAGGAAUAAACAAAGGAGAUAUUUGUAACGAUCGUGUCGUAUAUGAAUGUAGUUAAAAUAUACAAACUAAAAAAAAAAAAAACAAAAGGAAACGUAAAGAAAAUUCAAUUUAAUCGAAUUAGUGAAAAUUGUACGAAAACUGAAAAAAUUUUGAAAUGCUUAUGAAAAAAUGAGUUAAGAUUGGAAAUCCAUUUUCAAUGGCAAUCCCUACAAAAUGUUUUGUAACUUUUUUUGUAAAUGUUCUCAUUCUUCAACACUUUUUUACUAUCUGUCCGACUCUUAUUGUCUCUCAAAAUUUCUUCCGAUCAAUCUCUAUAUUUCUAUUGAAAAGACUUUGCCGCAAUUAGUAAAAACUUUACGUCUGUUUGUAUGUAUAUGUAUGUAUGUACUUAGAUAUUAACAUAAAAAAAAUGAAACAGAAGAAUGAAAUCUAUAAUAAAAUGCUCCCAUAAGUACUAAAGCCAUUUGCCAUACACAUCACUGAGAAGAAAUCCAAGAAGAAGAAAUUGGGAAACCAAUACAGAAAGCAUAAGCAUAUGAAAUGUAAAAUUGUUGUACUCGUAACUCAAACAUAAUCAUCAAAACACACAAAAAUGUGCAUAUACAACAUACUUAGUACUCGUUUGAUUAUUACAUUUUAUGCAUUUCAUAGAAUGUUUCAUUUUUGUUAAGGAGCGUUAAGGAAAUGCCGAACCAAGCGAUAAAAGCUCGACUAAAAUCAAGGUACUGGACAAACCUCUUUCGAAGCAGAGAGAAAGAUAUAUACAUACAUACUAUACUAUAUAGUAUAUCCGAGUAGGUGUAGGAAUACAACUACAAAAUGGAGGCCAGGCCAUAUACUCAUCGUAGUGCAAAUGUUAGACGAAAUUUAGCUGUAGAAGUAGGCGUAGGAAGUAUGUGUGAAUGUGUGCAUAGAGGGUGUAAUUCCCCCACCCCCCCAGUAAAUACAUUGAAUAUACAUAUUUACUUAUGUAAGAAUGGCAUUUUUUUAGAUGAGAAGAUAUGUUUGUAUGUUGUGUUUGCUCGAUAUCCUUAGACAUCAACAAUCAUCAACUCAUGCAUCAUUUGAAUGUGUGUGUUGUCUGUGUGCUUAGUUUAAAACCAAACAAACAAAAAAAAACAUUUUAUACGAAUCAUAUUAAAAACGAAACAAAUCAAAUGGCAUAAUAACAAAUCAAUCAAUUUCGAUCCCCAAAUAAUAUAAACUUAAUUAUGUCUUUAUUAAACCGUUGCGUUAAGUCAAUGCUUAGCUUUGUGUUAAAUUGCUGUUGAAUGUAAAUGUACAAUGGAUACUAAACACAACAACAACCACAACAAUACGAUAAAGAUCAAGAUCAACAAGAACAGAAACCCAAAUACAAAACAAAACAAAACUAAUGAUAAUGAAAUAAAGAAUACAACAAAUUUCAA